AUGGCGGAUGAUCAGGAUGCUCAAAGUCAUGUUCGUUCGUUUCCUUCAGCUCAAAAUUCUGAAUCUCAAAUUUCAUCUCGAAAUCCAUACUCCUGUCCGUAUUUUCUUCAUGCUGCUGAUACAUCGAGCUUACAAUUAGUUCCUCAGAAGCUCACUGGUGAAUUGAACUAUGGUACCUGGUCUCGAGCUAUCAGGAAAUCACUGAAUAUUAAGAACAAGUAUGGCUUCGUCACUGGUAAAAUUUCUAAACCUUCUCCGGAUCAUCCUGACUAUGAAGAUUGGUGGCGUUGCAAUGAUGCAGUUUGUACGUGGUUACAUAAUUCUGUUAGCAUGGAUAUUCACAUUUCUAUUGUGUAUCUUGAUGAGGCGCACCAGAUUUGGAAAAAUCUGGAAACUAGAUUCAAACAGCAGAAUGUUUCAAAAAUAUUCAGUAUUCAACAGCAACUUGAUCUUCUCCAUCAAGGAUCUAUGACCUUAGACGCUUAUUAUAAUAAGUUGUCAUCAUUAUGGGAAGAAUUGAGGAAUUAUGAACCAUUUCCAGCUUGCAAUUGCGGUGGUUGUACAUGUGGUGGUUGGAGAUGUGGUUUAGCUGAAAAAUGGUUAGAAAUGUCUGAGAGAGGAAAUGUUGUGCGCUUCUUGAUGAGAUUGAAUGAUUCAUAUGCAGCAGCAAGACGUCAGAUCUUAAUGAUUGAACCAUUACCAGAUCUCACUAAAGUGUUUAAUCUUGUUUCUCAGGAAGAGAAACAGAGAAUUUCUCUCGGUAUAGCUUCUGACCAGGACCAUACUCAGGCAUUGAUGAUUGGCAAGGGUAGGCAGCUGCAUAAUCUCUAUAUCCUGGAGAUGCAACAGUCUUCACUUGCUCAGUCUGAUGUUCUUAUUCCUUCACAUUCUGCUCUCACCAUCUCUUCCAUUACUCGAGAUUCUUGUUCUAUUCAGGACCAUACUCAGGCAUUGAUGAUUGGCAAGGGUAGGCAGCUGCAUAAUCUCUAUAUCCUGGAGAUGCAACAGUCUUCACUUGCUCAGUCUGAUGUUCUUAUUCCUUCACAUUCUGCUCUCACCAUCUCUUCCAUUGAUCUUUGGCAUCAUCGCUUAGGACAUCCAUCAAAUUUAAGGAUUCAGAGUUUAGGCAACACUGUUCAGCUCACUUUUAUACAAAAUAAGGAGUCAAUUUCUCACUGUUCUGCUCACUUGGGUUUAUCUGUUGAAAAAUCAGAAUGA